AUGAAAGAUGUCGUCGAUUACGAUAGAGGCAGACGCUCUGAUGCCGUCAAAUACGCUCAAAGCCUUCAAAUUUGGCACGGUACUAUUGGAAUGAUUAAGUACACUUGUUACGGUAGCAUUCUCGUUUAUCUCGCAAAUAUGCGCUUCCCAUGGGUGCAAAAACAAACGCUCGCUGGCAAGGCUUUCGUUGUUAGCUCUUUCUCUAUCUUUGGGGCUCCGUUGAGAAUGAAGUCAGGCGGCGCGCUCUAG